GAAGGGGGUAUGCGUUUGAGCCACCCGGGGAUAUCCAUACGCUGGAGGUUCCCGGGGACGUGAAGGAAAUGAUGACGCUGUUUCAUGUUACUGGGGCUUAUAUCUACGUGGAUCCGGAUGGGACGGCGCUGGCAGUGGAGGAUGUGUUUAGCAAGUUGCAGGCUGCUAGGAAGCACUAUGAAGAAGCUGGACUAGGGGCGAGUUUUGCUGAUCAGUUUGUCCGGUGAGAUCUUUACAUUUGAGCUUUGUAAUUUAGCAAUCUUGAACCAUUGAGCUGGAU